UCAAAUAAUUCCCAAUCUUUCGAAAUUUUCGGUAACAUCCUCCAUUCAAUUUCGGGGUUUUGCAAAAAUUUAUACUUUAUGUAGCCAUGGCCUGUCCGGCCGGCUAUGAAGAUCCCGACGAGUGGGAAUUAGUAAAUGACGAUGGAUUCGUGCACAAGCGCAAGAAACGCCCGCGCAUCGACCCUGGCGGGGCUCCGUCGGCCGGCCAGCCGCCGCUGGAUCCGGAGCUUGAGAAGAAGCACCGUCGUGAACGGAAAAUGAGGGCUCUCCUAAAGCUGCGGGAAAAGUAUUUAGAAGAGAUCAGCCGGUGGGAGCUUUUGUCGAACACCUUGAAGGAAAUGGAGGAGACUGCACAGGCGCGAUUGCUGGAGCGACAGGAGCUGUGUCCCACGACGUCGUUUGGUGCCGCUUCGAGCUCAGAACAGCAUUCAGCGUCAGAUGCGACAUGCCAGAGAAUCGUUGAUGAUCUCCUCUCUCAGGUUGAAGCGCAGGAGGCUAUAAUUCGGGAUGCCUCAAAUUUGUGCGAUGUAGCUGAAGCAUUGUGCAGUGCACAUGAAGAAAGAUUGAAGCAACAGCUCAUUGACCUACCGAUUUGGGAACCAUCACCACAUGAGCUCAUGGCGGCAUUAGGUGAACAAUAGGCUUCUGUCAAGAAUAUGUGUAUGUUGUGGAACGACCGUAUUCUGAGCCUGGUCUUGUGGUGUUUUUGAUAUCUUGAGAAUGCUUGUCAAUGGAGGUUUAGGAAUGAAGUUUAUGUAAUCUGUCUGAAUCUUCUCAGCAUUCCUUGGAGAGCUUGUAAGAGUGCCUAGGAGCUCCUGUAUGUAUGUGAGAUAUUGUAAGAUGAAAUUAAUAGUCGCAGAGUUUAUUGAUGACUAUGUUACCUUGUGCUCAUGGAUUUUUAUUUGAAUUUUCUGGAAAAGGCUGUUGAACCUGCCCGUUUUUGUUUACCGGUGUAUGGUGUUGUAUUUGUUUAUGCUCAAGAGACAUGAUAUGUUAUAAUUUUUGAGGUUUUGUCAGCUGCUGGAACAAGGUGGACUAUGUUCUUUGAGAAAUUUAUAAUGACUGUGCCAUUUCACAUCUCUUCCAUUCUGUGUGUAUCUCAUAACAGACUUAAAUAUUUGUUUCUUGCAUGGUAGAAACCUGACAACUUUCCUGUUGGGUCUUGGUUGUCUACUGUUAAUUUUAGCAACUAUGUAAAGGACUGCUAGUUUUUUUAGCAUAUGUGUUAGAGUGAACUCUGUCGUCUUCGCUGGAGAAACAAUCUUUGGUUCAAUGUUUGGAUUCGUUGCUCAAUUUUCUGAACUAGAAAGAUGGGUGCAACCUGUUCUUUUGACCAUAUCCAAUUCAUAAGCCACCGCCUCAAGUUCCUUGUGACCGUAUCUGACAUGAAGACGAUGAGCACUAAGAUUUAAGAGAAUCACAUAGUGACUGCUUGAAGGCUGCUUUCUGCACUGCUAGGAAGUUCUUCCCAAUUUCCUAGACAAAAACAAGUUGAAACAAGGGGGAAACAAAGAUAAAGCUUUGAGGCCCAUCAUGUGAAGAUAGAAAAACCCUCAUCCUAUUGUAUUGAGCGUAAGUCUAUUGUGUACAUGUUGGAAUUACUCUUAUUGUGCAUCAUAAAGCAAAAGAAAUGAAAGAAUUAACUCCUGAAGUUUUAGAAAGCAAUACGGCGAAUGGAUUCCUCUACUUCUCAUCUCUUUGAAAUAGUUCCAAGAUCAAUUUCAUUUAGAAAAGAUGGCACAACUUGAACAGGCUGGAAGGCAAAACCAGCUGUUUUGCAUGCA